AGGCUUUAAUCUACAGACGAAAAAGCUCCUUAAAUACAAAAACCCUCCAGGGACGAAAAUUUAGGGUACUUGACCGGAUCUAAAGGAGCUAUUCAGAUAUGGAAGUGGCUGCCCUCAGGUCAAUGGAGACGCAGAGACAAUGGACUUGUUCUGCCACUGAGACGCUUCUCUUCCUCGUUGGAAGGAAUCUGGCGUGUCUGCUCCUCGCGGCAGAAUCUUUGCUGAUAGGGUUGAUUGCUGAAGAUCAGAGGCUUUCUGUGAAGGAGGGCUACAAAAAAGGACUCCGAGAUGAGGAAAACAAAGAUGCCGGUGACUCUGAUGAUGAUGACGAUGAUGAUGAAGAUAACGCUGAUGAAGACGAUGAUGAUGAUGAUGAUGAUGCUAAUGAUGAAGAUUUUUCAGGGGGUGAAGGAGAGGAAGCUGAUCCGGAGGAUGACCCGGUGACCAAUGGUGGAGGAGGAAGCGAUGAUAAUGAUGAUGAUGACGACGGUGAUGAGAGUGAUGAUGAUGAUGACGAGGAUGACGAGGAUGAAGAUGAGGAUGAUGAGGAAGAUGACGAAGAUGUUCGCCAGCCACCUGCUAAGAAGAGAAAAUGAAACAUGAGAAAGAGGGGAGUGUUAAAGACUUGAAGAGGGCCAUAUGUGUUGGUUUAAGUAGUGUAGGGAAACUUAUGGUUCGUGUUGUGUACUAUUUGUUGUUGUGUGCGACUUUUCUACUUGGAUUUUAGUUAUCUUGUCUGUUAGAAUGUUGAUGGUCUCUUCUAUUUGUUUUUGCAUCUGCCUAUGAACAUGAUUUGCCGUGAUUCACAUUUUUAUUUGUUGUUGCCA